AUGACUGUGACCGAGGACCUCAACCACCAAUCAAAAAUGAAGACAGAUCCAGAAAUUUUGCAAGAGAAAGUGGACCUUGCACAAAAAUGUUGGCUGUCUCCCAAAUUGCGCACAGAGUGUGGAUUUGCGGGGAUUGAAGGCAGUGAGUGUGUGCGGAUGGGCUGCUGUUUUGAUGCUGGGAGCCGGGAUGUGCCGCCCUGUUUCUAUUCACUGGAUAAUCUGCCAGCUUGUACCAAGGAUGGGCGCGUUCUGAUCGCCAUCUCCAAGGAUUUAACGCUGCCUCCUGUAAACCUGACAACGGUGCAUCUGAAGGAUGGACACGGAGCUGAGUGCAGUCCGAUCGUGGUGUCUGUAGACACUGUGCUCUUUCAGUUCGCAGUCACUGAGUGUGGCACUACUCAGCGGGUCUACUUCCACUGCAGGGCUGAGGUGUGUCACCCUUCCAUCCGAGAGAACUGCACAGCUCCCUGCAGCCCCAAGAGACGAAGAAGUGUUGAUGAUCAGUCUGGAGCCUUGGUGACUGCUGAGGGCUCCAUCAUUUUCCUGGGAGAUGAGGAGAGAUUGGCUGUUGGGAUGGAACAGGAAGAGAAAGAUGCUGCUGUGGAUUCCCCCUCCCAUGUUGUUCCUGGAUUAGCUGUUGGGGUAGCACUGCUCUCUCUGACCCUAUUGGUUGGGACUGUUGCUGUGUGGAAAAUGGAUGUGACUGACAGGCUGGGCACUGAGUGCAGCUCAAUGGAACUGUAGAUGUUUUUUCAAUAAUAAA